CUGUCAAGGCGAAAAUAUUUAUUUUCGCCUCAAGCAUGAAUUUUGACAUUUCGAGUAAACACAGUCGUCUCUUUUGUCUUUUUUCCUCAAAUAGAUGUAAAUUCUACAUUAUUUUAACAUAAAUAUUAAAAAAUACAAAUAACAAUUGUUAAGAUAUUUGUUCAUCCCCCCAAGAUUUAAUCAUUCCCCGCAAAAACGUAAUUUCUAUUUUUCGCAAAAAUGUCUACCGAAAUUACCUGCCGUUUAUGCUUAGAAUUUUGUAAGGAUGGUUAUUGUGAUCUUUAUAAUGAAUAUUAUGAUGGGGAUAUGAAUACAACGAUCACAACAAAUGAGGUGUUUGAAUUAGUUAAGAAAUAUUUUCCCGAAGAGCUCUUGAAUAUGGACUGCAGUAAACAUUUAACCAAAUUAUGUCUACAAUGUUGGCAUUAUAUUGAAGAAUUUCACAAUUUUCAAGAAACCAUAAUAAUGGCUCAGAGCAUGAAAAUGAGUGAAAAUUUCCACAUUGUCGAAGAAGAACAGCAGGAGUGUGAAGAGGUAGAAAUGGAGAUGCAGGAAGAGGAUGAAGAGGAACAACAGGAGACACAGAGCUAUGUUUCGGAAGUACCCAUAAAAUUUGAAGAAUUCAAUAUUUGUGAAGUGAGCUCCCAAGAAGUAAUGUCCCAUGUUGAAAAAGAAGAAAUUCAAGAUGACGAAGAAGUUGUGGGUGAUGAAUUCGUUGAGGAAAUUGUCGAUGAUUAUAUUAUGGUUGAUAACCCAGAGAACACAGAAACCUCCAACGAGGAAGACAGUGAAGAUGAUUAUGAACAAAAGGUGGAAACCACACGUGAUGAGACAACACAUCUUACCAAUUUAUAUAUCACCGAAAUAAUCGAACAUGAGGAUAGAAAUGUGACAGUUCAGCAACGUAAUACAAAGGAGUUACAAACCAUUGAGGAGUAUGAUGACUUCAUUGCAAAUUGGAAAUCCCAAUUGGAAUGUGUAAUUUGUUAUGACAGUUUUGAGACCUACUCCCUGCUCUGUGAUCAUUUUAAAGAGCAACAUCCCGAAGAAGAAUGCCACAUAGUUUGUUGUGAUUUAAGGCUGCAACAACGUUGGGAAAUUGUAGAACACAUUCUGUAUCACAAGGCGUCGUCAAGUUCCCAAAAGUGUGAUAUCUCUUUUGAAACUGCAGUCCAGGACUUACCGGCCAAGAAACACUUCCGACAAAGAUAUGCCAGUCGAAAUGGCGAACGGUUUGGUCAAAGGCAAAUGAAAAAAGACAAAUUGAAAAUAUAUAAAUGUAAAAUAUGUGAUAAGGUAUUUUUCAAUAAUGCUGGACUGAGAACUCAUCGUGAGGCGGAGCAUCAACAACAAACCGAUAUUAUUUGUACAUUUUGUCCCCAGACAUUUUCCCAGUUUACCGCCUUUCAGUCACAUUUAAAAACCGAACAUCAGCAGGAAUGGCAGAUGAGACGUAAUCAAGAGGCAAUCGAAAUGUUGCCCGAGAUACGUAAACAUCUGGCUGGAGCCAAGUUGAGCCAGAAAAACAAACUCUCAAAUGGCCCACGGAAAACCAAGCAAAUCAUUGACUCAUCCUCAGACUGUAAAUGCCCCAUCUGUGGCAAUAUUUAUCACUCCAAGCGAUAUUUGAGGGCCCAUCUUGCCUUGCAUGGAGGCAAGGCCAUGUACCUGUGCCAAUUCUGUUCUAAGUCAUAUCAUCUGCCCAAUAGCUUAUCCUAUCACAUACGUCUUAAACACAGUGGCCAUACGGAGGUGGUACAAAUGAAAUGUCACAUUUGUAAUAAGAUUUACUACACGAAAAAGGCCUUGCGACAACAUCUCAGCAUGCACGAGGGCAAGCCGUCAUUUUCCUGUAAAAUCUGUUCCAAAGAAUACUUCUUUAGUUCGAGUUUAUCGAAUCACAUGAAAUAUUUCCAUGCACCCAACCUGAAGGAAGCCAAAGCUAGGGCCGCCAAAUCCACGGGUUACUCAGAUUCAGAAGAAGGAAAAGCCAAAAGAAAAAACCGUGGCCCACCCGAAUCAGAUCCAAUGCCCUGCCAUAUUUGCAACAAGGUUUAUUACACCAAAAAAGCCCUAAAUCAACAUCUGAGCAAGCACGAAGGCCGGCCAUCCUUCACCUGUAAACUAUGUUUCAAACAGUACUACUUUAGUUCGAGUUUCUCCAAUCACAUGAAAUACUUUCAUGCCCCCAAAAAAGAAACGACCGACUCAAGCAAACACAAAGCGAAAAUGUUGGCUCUCGUCGAAAAGGCCCUGGCAGAGGGUAAGACAAUAUAUAAAUGCAAUGUCUGCGAUAAUGUCUAUCAAAGUCGUCGCACUCUAAAGGAGCAUGAGAACACGCAUGGAGGUCAACAGUCAUAUACGUGUAAAUUUUGUCCUAAAAUGUACUAUUUAAAAUCGGCCAUGUACAAUCACAUGAGCAAGAUCCACAACUAUCAACCGCGUAAGGAAAAUUCACUGAAAAAGGCACAGAAACGGGCGGCCCAGGAUAACAACGAGUCAUUGGAUGAUUUGGUCGAAGAUCUCGAGAUGGAUGAAACGAAAAAGAAAACAUCAGCAAAAGGUCGCAAAGCAUUAUCCGAGAAGUUCAAGAACAGUGGCUUGAAAUGUGCCACAUGUGAUAGAUACUAUCAAUCGAAACGUAGCCUGCGCGAACAUGAGGCCAAACACACCGGCGAAGAGUUGUAUUCUUGUAAAUAUUGUGGAAAAAAGUUUUUCCUCAAGUCCACCAUGAGUACGCACAUUAAGAAGCAACAUCCCAAAGAUAGUGGCGCCAGCAUUCAGACCAAGGAAGAAGAUACAACGGCGUGCUACGAUGAGGAACAGCAAUAUGCGGUGACAUCAAUAACGGAAGAGGAAAUUGAUGUGGUGACAGAGGAAGUAAUCACAUCCACUAAUGUUUAGGUGGUUUGAACAAAGAAACGGAAGUUAGGAAAUGGAAGUUUGGGGAACAUGGUAUUUCCCCCAGGCUUAUUGUUAUUAUUCAGGACACCAAUGUUGAGGGGCAUGUUGCUCGCCUUGCUGAUAUGGUGAUAAUACCUCACAUGGUAUUUGUGUGUUAAGUCCACAUAAAUAAAAAACAAAUAAUUUGUUGAAAAUAAAUA